AUGGACAGUCCCACCACUGAGGCUGGCGCGGGGAAAACGCCUUUCCAGCGAGCAUGGGAGGAAUAUGUUGCUCAUUUGCCUCCCAAAAAGAAGCAACGUCGGUUCCUCAUGAACUGUGCUCGUGCAAUCCAGGAGAAUUCGGAUAGCUCACCCGCUUCGGCCGUCAACGAGGCGAUCAUAACUGCAGAGAAGAAGCAUUCUAUGCAGGCGUCGAGGCGUAUCAUUCGCAAAUACGUAGAUCCUGUGAUAGCCGUCCUAAAUGAUUUCGAUGCUAUCAUAAGUAAUUUAGUUUCGGCGGAUCCAAUGCCUACAGCGAUCAUCUGGGGAGCUUUAAAGGUGAUAAUCGAUGGGCUUUCCAGGUUUUCCAACCUCUUCGAAACAAUUAAGAAUGAGCUACGAUCGUUAAGAGAUCACUUAGAGCUAAUUACUGACCACGAAAACUUAUACGGCAAGGAUGAGAAGAUGCAAAAUCUUCUCUGUCGUUCAUAUGUUAACAUCAUACGGUUCUGGCAUAGAGUUGACAAAGAAUGCGACAAUUGCGGCUUCGCUCUUUUGAAAACGGUUGCAUCUUUUAGCACAAAGAAGCUUGAGUCCAUUCUUGCCGAUAUGCAGCAUGAUGCUCAGGAGAUUGGCAAGCGUGCCGGGACUCUACAAGCGAUCGAGUUGAGAGGGGAGCAUGAGGAGGCCGCUAUUGCCCGACGGGAAGCUGCAGAUGAGAUGCGUAGAGCAGAGGAAGAACGCAGAGACCAACGUCUAUUCCGCGAAGAACGGCGACGAGAAGCGCCUAAUGAACGAUUCAACAAUCUUUGCUCAAAACUUUCGUCUCUGGAUACGAAUGCCCCGAAUUUCCUGCGGCGGGACAAAUUCCUGAAGAACCAUAUUCCUGGUACUUGUCAAUGGUUGCUCGAACAUCCUGACUUCGUCGCGUGGACAGGAGAAGCUUCUCCCCCGGUCUUGUGGCUUCACGGUCCACCAGGAUCAGGGAAGUCUACCCUGUGUUCGACUGUCAGCUCCAGGUUGGACACGGUAGCGUUCCAUUUCUGUGACUUCGCUCAGCAGUACAAGCCAUACGAGAUACUGCGAAUGCUUGCGCUCCAAUUACUAUGUAAAUACUGGACAGACAUGCACGACGUCCCGCCGGAGCUGUGCGAUGUGGCACAAUCGAGUCCAUCCGUUCUCGCGAAUGUUCAGAACAUCAUCCGCGUCCUCAUCAAGAACCAAGAGAGGGUGUAUUUUUUACUCGACGGUCUCGACGAAGAAACUACUGGAGAGCGAUGGCGCGAUAUCGCGGAUGUACUCCACUUUCUAAUCCAACUUACGAACGACUUUCCCAGCAAGGUUCGCUUAUGGUGCAGCAGCCAGCCCCGUACACUUAUAAAAAGGGAGCUUGACGGAUACCCUACUAUCGAUAUCAGUAUCCAUGUGAAACAGGAUAUAGCUUUCUUCCUAUCGAAAGCCAUACCCGAGGCAGAGGAGCUAGAACCACUUGACCAGGAGAGGUUCUUACGCAGCUUGCACCAACGAGCGGAAUGCAGCUUCCUCUGGGCGAGCUUGAUGAUAAGCGAGCUUCAAAAUUCUCCGACAAGUUUAAGAGAAAUGAAGCAAUUUGUGGAUAGAGGACUUCCGUCGACUUUGCUUGACUACUACACGUUAUUCUUUAAGCGUCUCAAGAAGACUCUACGUCCGCUUGCUUGCAAGUUAUUCGCCUUGAUUGUGUUCGCUCGUCGACCGCUACGAUUUUCCGAAUUGCAGGAGGCGAUAUGGUGCUUGAAAAGCAACUCUACCGGGUACUUGAAUCCUGAGGACAAACCUUUCCUCAAGCAGUUGCAUGAAGUCGCCCAACCUCUGAUUGAAAUGACGAAAGUCGAAGGGCCCCAGAUCGGUGACGCGCAGGAAGACUACACUUGUCGUCUUUUUCAUUCAACUCUUCGAGACUUUCUCGUUGAGCAUCCGGAUGUCCUUGUGGAAGUUGGAGAUCCGGGGAGCGAUUUGCGCAUUAGUGCCGAUAUCGCUAUGGACGCAUGCCUGGUCUACUUGUGUCAGACUAAAUAUGCAAAAUUACUGACCAGGGAGAAUGGCCGCUGGGUGGAUGCUGUCGGAAAUCCUGUAGAAAAUCAACAUUUUCUCGUUUACGCGGCAAAGUAUUGGGACAAACAUCUCGACGACAUCUCCGAGCUGCACAAGAAAGAUGUCCUUCAACGUCUCAACUCCUUUAUCACAUCCUCUAACUUCCAAACCUGCAUUCAGGUUCAGAGCCUAUGGGUCGAGCUACAAUUCUGCGUCUUUCGGGUCACUACCAGCGACGAGCGUUGUCGUUUCCUGCGACGUGUCUUCCCGUCAUGGUUCUCCCGGGAAACAGAGAUUGGUAUCAAGCUUUGGCGUAAUUAUCGAUGCUUCUUGCACGAGUGGAAAUAUUUUCUUGCGUGCGGGAAUUGUCAUAGAGCGAAUCCAAGAUGUGCCAUUCUGCCUUACAUGGGCCAAUUAGACCGCAUCUGGUUUGGAGCCCUUGGACAGUCCAACUUCCUGUCGCGAUUGAACAGUCAAUACUCUAGCUUUGUUUUUCAGGUAGAUCAGGACGAUGGACUUGAAUCGAGUCUUGGACGCUUCUUUGAUGGCAUUGGAGAAGACGGGAGCGUAAUUAUGACACUGCGAGCGCGAAAAUCCCAGGGAGAUUCCCUACAGUUUGUGUGCGACACAUGGAGCUUGAGUUCCCGACAGCUUCCGGUGAGGAAGAGGACCCAAGAGAUUCAAUUGUCAUCUGAACUUUGCGGCUGGCCUUUAUAUGUCGGCAAAACGAUUCAUUUACCCCUACAAACAGGCAAGGCUGCACCAGCGGCCUUUAGUUCCGAUUGCAAGACGCUUCGCAUAGGGACCCAGCUAUUCGCUAUAGAUACAGCAGGGGAUUUCGUCAGUCUCCCUCAGGUCGCCCUACACACGCAGAAGUCUUCUUACGUGGAAGAGUUUUGUCGUCGUGGGAAACAUGUCGUCAUUGCCUCGAGAACAAGGAUGCGGACGAAGGAUUUGUCCGUGGAGGACUCGGAGCCUGUUGCACCAAUGGACACCAGCCAUACCCCCAGCAGUGGUGGAUCGACCGCAGUCGAUGACGAAGGAUCCGAUUCCGACUCUGAAUCAUCAGAUGGUCGUUCAUCCACGACGUCUGAAUCCGAAAGUGACGCAGAAGAAUCGGAUGACGAUGGAUACGAAAGUUGGAGUGACAGCAGCACCGUCUUUUCCGAGGAUUUUGUGUUUGACGACGAUAUGAUCACUCCAUGGGCAGACCACUUUCGCGAUAUGGACUCAGACUCCAGCGACACCGAUACUAGUGAUACGGAUGUUGCGUCCGAUCAUGAAGACGACAUAGAGGUGAGCGAUUCGGAUCAAGGUGAGGUGCCAGGAUCUGCAUUCGGUUAUGGAAAGGCACGCAACGAAGACGGUGAUGAUUGGGAUGUUGCAUACUUCUCGGACGAAGAUGGCAAUCAAAUUUUCGUACCUAAACACACGGGCAGAAGUUCUCCUGGGGAAUCACAGGCAACCUUAGCUAUAUUCGACACUGGGGCUUUCCCUCACACCAAACUAUUCUGUCUGACACGACCCAUCCGAUGCAAGGUCUAUGACUCGCCUCCUGCAAUUCAUCCAACUGUGCCACUUGUCGUUUGGCCACUCGGUGGCGGAGAUGUACUUUUCGUUGACUUCUUGGAUAAAACAUACUUCGUGCGUAAAUUGCGAGCAUCGACCUCACACACCCGGCACAUCUUCAUGAAGUGCCGGUUUUCCGCAUGUGGCCGAUUCUUGCAUAUUGCUGCUCUCGAAGGGCAACAACCAGUGCAGAAGAAAGGCACUCAGAACCGACAAGGGCUUGACAUUGCUGUUCUGGUUUCCACCUAUCGCCUCUCGAGUCGAAAAACGAGCCGUUCGCCCCCUACCCUCAUUCACCGAGUCAGGGUCAAGCUAGGUAACAAGGAGUCCUUGUCUGUGACGAAACUACCAUAUACUGUGACUUGGGCGGCAAACGAGCUCUAUAUUUCAUGCAGUGACAGAUUGUUGCGAGUCCAUCGUGUUCCGCUAUUCAAAUCAGCGAUAGAAGAUCAGGAGGAUGAGGAUGCUGUCCUGGUUCCGCGGAAGCCAAUCUUCCUCCCUGAGACCGCAAUGAAUCGCCAAGUUCACUAUUUUCCCAGCAGGAACGAGGGAAGUGAUGAAGCCUCCAACGCACACGUCCUUAUUGGCAGUGAAAUCAGAAAGAAAGAGAGCCAACCUCUCGAACAUGACGUAGAGUUUUCCACUAUUGGGCGCACUUUUGUCGGGCUACAAGGGGAGUUCUCUCCUCCGAUCGGGUGCUAUUUGGACGAUGAAAGUGAUCUUGGGGGAUGGGGCAAGUCGUAUGACAGUACGGAGAUUCCGGGCCAAUUGGGCAUAGGAUGCUUGGACCGCAGAUUGGAAAAAUUCGAUUUCGAUGACGACUGUGAUCUGGAACCUUACAUUUACUGA